UAUGGAAGAUCAAUUAGAACUAACUUCACAAUGGGGUUUCUAUGAAAUGUGCACUAAAAAGAAUAACAAGUUACCAUGUCUUAUACCACAGACUAUUAUCUUCGAUAAACUUAUGCCUAAGGUUUGGCUCUUCAAUCCCAAAUAAUCUUAAGUAGUCAUGAAAAAGAAUUCUGACAAACUCACAAACCUUGAAAUUGCCAAAGCUUUGCUUGGUAUGAAAUUCCCCAAAGACAUUAAGAUCGAUACUCUUAGUCAAUUGUAUGAUCAAGCAAAGCAGAGUCCUCAAUUCAAAGAGGUUCGAAUAUUGUUUUAUAAAAUUUAAGGAAACUCCAAUCGCGUUCUUGUAGAUGAAAAGAAAUGAAGGAAUACCUAUGAAUCGAUAAGAGUUAUUACAAUUUUUUGUUGAAGGCAAAGAUCUAUCCUCUUUGGCAUACAUGCAAUAGUACAUUGAAAAUCAAAGUAGCUUGAUUAAUAGUUUGCAGAUGAAGUCUACUAUGUUGAGUACCAUUAUGAUGUUGAUUUCAUUCCAAUAACUUUCAAAUUUUUCAAGAAGACUCUCACAAUUAAAAGAUUGAACAAAAGUACAACUGCUAAAUCCAGCAAUCCCUUUUAAACUCUUUUAAUGCCAGUCUAAAGUUCUGGUUAAAUCCCAGUUAGACAAUAAGAAGUUUAGAAAGUGUAAACAAUGUUUAAGUACUGCAAUUCAACUCUAAAUUAACGCUUUUAGGAAGUACAUAAAUAUAUUAUGUCUACUUCUAUAGGAAACAAAAAAGAUAGCAUUUUAUGUAGAAAAAGUAUUCAAAGUAAAAAUACGUAAGUUCACUCCAAAGUUCAUUGUUGAUCAAAGAGAUCAAAUAUAUUUUGCAGGUAUCAAACAAAUAACAAUCCAAAUUUAAUAAGGAGGUAACAUUUUACUUUUAUUGAUAUAGCUCCAUACUAAAAAGGUUUGAGAGAAGAAAUUGCUAGUAAUGGGUAAUUUGAUAAUUUCAUGAUGGCAUGCAAAUAAUUUAGGUUAGAUAAAAAUGCAAAUAAUGAAUUCAAAAAAUAUCCAAAUUAAAUUGUUGAAGAAGAUAAGAAACUUAGUAAAACUCUGUAUAAGCAUUUAAUUCUUGAAAGAUGUUAAGGUGAUUUUUGUAAUUACAAAUUGAUUGAAAAAAAUAAGUAUUUUAUAAUCAUUAUUUGAAAGAGGUCCACUCUAAUUGAGGAAAGGAUUAUUGGAGACUUAUAAGAAUGUAUUCAAAGAAUCAAAAUAGACAGUUACAAAUAUGAGUACAAAUUUACCUUAUGAAAUAUCAUUAUAAUUAAUAGUAAGGACAAGAGAUGAUCAUAAAGAAGUCAUAGAAUUAUUUAAAAAAUAUAAAAUUCAUUUAGAAAAUUACAAUCCAGAGGAGCAUCCAGAAAUAAAAGAUGAAUAAUAACAUCCAUUUAGUAAAGAGAAUUCAGAUGUGUAAGCAUUAAUUAAUUUAUACAAAUCAGUUAAAAUUUGUAAGAAUUGUUUUAUAAUUUAUUCAAUGAUAUAGAGGCAUUUUGAAUCAUAAUUAAAAAAGGAUAUAAAAAAUGGAGCUUAAUUUAUAAAUGAAAAAAAGACAUAAUCAUUACAAAUAGAUGAAGAAGCUGAGAGACGUAGAAAAAGAGAAGAAAAUAUUGUUAAAAGACAAGAGAAAUUGUAAAUGAAGCCAUCAACUUCAACAAAAUCAUUUAGAAUUUUUAGAGCGCCAACCCAAAAAAGAAAUUUUUUGAUUACUUCUAUACCUGAGAGUAGAACUUCAAAAACAGCAUCACCUUAAAAAUUUAGAGAUGUUUGCAAACAAAUAGAAAUAAAUAGAUUGACAUUGGGUUAUUUGAACUAUUAAAAAUUAAAGUAAUUUUAAAAACCAACUCAAUUGGAAUAAUCUUAAGAGUUUUAAAAUGAAGCAGAUAAUUUAAUAUAAACUUUAGCAGAAUAGAGAGCUCAAAAUGUCAGAAGAAUUGAUACAAAUUAAUAAGAGAGUAAAGAAUUUUAAGUGAGAGCAGAGGAGAUUAAGAAAAUGUUGGCAAAAACUUCUAAAAAGGAAUAGGAAUGUAGAGCUAUGUAAAAAGAAUAUUACAAUUAAAAGAUAUAGGAAGGAGUAGAAUAAGUAUUAUUAACAACAUCAUCUCAUUAUUAUUAUCAUGUUAAUUUUGAUAUAGUAAGAAAAUUAUAUCAAUUUCAAUUAAGUACUCCAAUGUAAGCAUUGUCAUAUGAUUUAAAAUUUGAUCAAUUAAGAGCAUUAUAGAUUGAAGAAGUUUGUUUGAUGAUGAAUUAUCCAUCUCCUUGUUUUGAAAUAACUUAAUUAGAAUAUUUGGUAGUAGACUCUUAAACAGCUGUUCCCUAUGCUUUAUUUGAGAGUAACAUAACUAAAAAGAAAGAAAAGAGUUCUUAAUCAGGAAUAGAUUUAAUAAUCAUACUUCAUGAUAUUUUCGAAUCAUUUUUUGAGUAUUCAUAUUAUUCAUUCUUAGAUACUAUCCAAUUAUAGUGGAAUUGAUAAAUGAAGCAUAAAAUAAGAAGGUUUUAUUAUUGAAUACUCCUGGAUAAGCUUAUACUCUCUUUAACAAAGAGCAAAUCUAUACUAAUAUAUACAUAGCAGGUAUUCUUGAUUAAAUUCUGUAUGAAUUAUAAAAAAAAAACAAAAUAGAUUUAUAAACUGAUACUUUAAAAAUUUUAGGAGUAGGUUCAGGAGGAUUCCAUGCAUAAUCAUUUAGUAUUUAUUAUAAAGAUUCUUAGUUGUAUAAUGUUAAAACACAAUUCAGUUUAGUUAGAUUGCAUUUGUAAAUUCAUUUACUUCAAUUUAUCCAUAAUUAAAAAGUUUCUUCACUUAAUCAAUCAAGGUCUUUGAAUCUCAACCUAAGAAUAUGCCAGAACUUGCUUUUGAAUAUACAAAUACUAUUAUGAAUACAUAACCUAUUUCUUAAGAUCUACUUUCUUGUGUUUUAUAACAAAAUCCCAUAAAUCAAUUAGGUAGAUAAGUUAUAUUGGAAGGUAUAUUAUAUUUAAAUUAUAGGUUUAUUAUAAAGUCCUUCAUUUAUGGAGAGAUUCCAAAAGUUAAUUUUGAGUGUCUAAGUAUACCAUUCCUUAAAGAACUGUUUAGUUAAUAUAUCUGAGGCUGAUUUAUUAUAAACAUUUUUAUAGGAUGAAACACUUGAUGUGAAUAAUGUUGCAUUAUCAAAAAAGAUUUAAAUGAACAAAAGGACAAUCUAAUAUAUUGAAGGUGGACACUCUGUUUUAUAUGAAAAUAAAGAUCAAUUAGUGUAAAUUUUAAACAGAUUAGCAUGA